UCAUAUUUGCAAACUAGGCUUUUGAAAUAGAAAAUUGGAGGCAUCAAUAAAUUGAUUCUAGUGUGCUAUAUUUUUCCCCACUAAAUCACAACCUCGCCUUGUGUACGAGGUAAGAAUCCGCACUGAUGACAAACCACACAUAUUGCAUUGUUUAUGCUUCUAUGUGACAUUCAGUCAGCUAUUGCAUAAUUAAGGGACUAAAAAUAUUACCAACAUUAAUGUUUUCUUAGCAUUUGGUCUCACUUGGCCAGUUCUAGGGUCACCAGUCAAAAUUCAUGGUACUGUUACAACAGAUGUCACAAGUGCUGCCCCCCUUGUGCAGGCGCAGUUCUUUUUUCCAACCAAAGGAAGGCGCUAAUACCGAAAAUAUCCCAUUGUGUCAUACAAAAGUGACUUAUACCUGCGUCUGGCCAGCUGGCUGGUAGUGCACUCGCCUUGUGUUUGAAAAACUGGGGAUUUGAAUCCCGCCGCCAGCCAAAAUUUUCAACGCGUUGCAGUUUUGUAGGUUGUAGGUUAGGUUUUAGGUUUAUAGGUUUGUAGAUUAGAUCAGUUUAGGUUAGGUUAUGUUAGUUUUUGUUUGGUUUGGUUACAAAGAAGCAUCUUCGGGUAUAUUCCUUUACAUCUACGCCUUCUUCGCCUUCCUUUGGUUGGGAAAAGGAAACGCGCCUUGCAAAGUCACUAGAUUUGCCAGUUCUUGAGAUAUUUUUACCAAUUUUUUGUAGGCAUCAAAUAAUCUCAUCAAAUAGUUGCUUGUAAAACAAAAUAAGCAAACCUGACCUAACCUGGGCUCUGUUUGGUCGCUGUUUUUUAUCAGCAGACUUAAGCGCUAGCGCGUCGAUUUACGUCACGGUUACCUACAUGACGUCAUCACUGUUAGUUGCGUUCUUUAUGAUUGAGACAAUACACCAGCACAUGUGGUUGCCCGUAGUUUGGCCUAAGCAGACGUCAGCAGCAACGUCAACGUACGUCAGCAAACCUGCGUGCGUUUCUCACCUCUCAUUGGUCAACAGCAUGAGCACAGUCCUUUCUCAGCCAUAUUCCUUCAACACAGUAGCCACCUAGUGGGCUGUUAGAGAAGCUGUUUUGGCAGCAGCGACCGAACAGGGCCCAUGCCUACUUCACCUACUCCCUGCCGGUAUUUGUCAAGAUAAGGUCAUAACUACGACGCUGUGACGCUGUUGAAACAAAUGUGUAACAGCAAAAAUUUUAGGUUUCAGUUUAGGUUAGGUUGUAGGUUUUAGGUUGUAGGUUUGUAGGUUUUAGGUUGUUAGGUUGUAGCCGGAUUUCAGACAAUGCCUACGACAUAUGUAUCUUCUCUGGCACGAAAAUGGAAGCAAUAAAGACAUAAUGAUUGCUCCCAUUGAAGCUAUUUGUAGGCACACGCCAGAUAAUGCUUCUCUUGUGUUGCAGAAAACGGCAGUUGGUAUGCCUCGAAAAAAAAGGAGGCAUGUGGAGGAGCGUUUUUUCAUUGAGUUCAUCAUCGCAUGUGACUCAAGCUGCCAGAUGUACGAAGUGAAGUGGCAAGGUUUUAACUGCUGGAUUUUGGGCUCCACCGCCAGGGCGCAACAUGGAUCAAGAGGUGCGCACUCCGCCCCUGGGCGCCCACCGGCAGCGGUCGUCGAGCUCAACAAGACCCAAGCCUGCAGCGGCCAAGGUCCUCCCCAUAAGCCGGGAGGAUUCAAAUACGAGAACAAUUAGUUUGUCCAGGCGCACGACAGAGCCGGCCGUCCGGACACCUUCUCCUCAGCUGACUGACUCGGACUCGGACCCCGAGUGGGAGCCGCCGUCUGGGGCAUCACAAGGAGACGUCACUGAGACAGUGCGCGCGCGGACGUGGGUGCCGCCGUCUGGGGCAUCACAAGGAGACGUCACCGAGACAGUGCUCGCGCGGACAGGACCGGUUUUCCGAACACCGCCCCACCUGACUGACUCGGACUCGGACUCGGACCCCGCGUGGGAGCCGCCGUCUGGGGCAUCAUCACAAGGAGACGUCACCGAGACAGUGCGCACGCGGACAGGGCGGGCUUUCCGUCCGCCUCAGCUGCCUGACGCGGUCUCGGACUCGGACCCCGCGUGGGAGCCGCCGUCUGGGGCAUCAUCACAAGGAGACGUCACCGAGACAGUGCGCACGCGGACAGGGCGGGCUUUCCGUCCGCCUCAGCUGCCUGACGCGGUCUCGGACUCGGACCCCGCGUGGGAGCCGCCGUCUGGGGCAUCAUCACAAGGAGACGUCACUGAGACAGUGCGCACGCGGACAGGGCGGGCUUUCCGUCCGCCUCAGCUGCCUGACGCGGUCUCGGACUCGGACCCCGCGUGGGAGCCGCCGUCUGGGGCAUCAUCACAAGGAGACGUCACUGAGACAGUGCGCACGCGGACAGGGCGGGCUUUCCGUCCGCCUCAGCUGCCUGACGCGGUCUCGGACUCGGACCCCGCGUGGGAGCCGCCGUCUGGGGCAUCAUCACAAGGUCAGCCAGCUUCUGUUGGCAUCUGAGCAGGGAGCGGUCCACCGGUACGCUAACAAGACUGGAGGAGAUCGACGUUAGCGAUCUGAUCCAGUACCUCGACUGAGGGGGUACACGUCAGCUCCCAUCCGGCUACGCGGUUGCCAGACUCCCAGCGGAGGUGGUCGACGUCAGCUCCCAUCCGGCUACGCGGUUGCCAGACUCCCAGCGGAGGUGGUCGACGUCAGCUCCCAUCCGGCUACGCGGUUGCCAGACUCCCAGCGGAGGUGGUCGACGUCAGCUCCCAUCCGGCUACGCGGUUGCCAGACUCUCUGCGGGAUUCCGGGUCGCGGAGUCCCAGCGGGAUUCCGCGACCCGGAUUCCGCCUUUUGUGCGGAUGAAUAAAGCGUUUGUUAUCUAA